AUGUUCAACGGAAUGAUGGAUCCUGAGUUGUUUAGAAUCGCUCAGGAACAGAUGAGUCGUAUGUCACCCGCUGAGUUAGCCAAGAUCCAGCAACAGAUGAUGUCUAAUCCCGAUUUGAUGAGAAUGGCCUCAGAAAGCAUGAAGAACAUGAGGCCGGAAGACUUGAGACAUGCUGCAGAACAGUUAAAGCAUACACGUCCUGAGGAGAUGGCAGAGAUUGGUGAGAAAAUGGCUAAUGCAUCACCUGAAGAGAUAGCUGCCAUACGUGCCCGUGCUGAUGCUCAGAUCACUUAUGAAUUAAGUGCAGCUCAGAUGUUGAAGAAUCAGGGGAAUGAGCUUCAUAAGCAGGGGAAGUUCAAUGAUGCCUCUGAGAAAUAUUUGCUUGCAAAGAAAAACCUGAAAGGAAUUCCAUCCUCCAAAGGAAGAACAGUUUUACUAGCAUGCUCUCUUAAUCUGAUGUCCUGUUACUUGAAAACAAGGCAAUAUGAUGAGUGUAUAAAAGAAGGCUCUGAGGUUUUGUCAUAUGAUGCAAAGAAUGUGAAAGCUCUUUACCGAAGAGGUCAAGCUUAUAAAGAACUUGGCCAAUUAGAAGAUGCUGUCUCGGACUUGAGCAAGGCACAUGAAGUUUCCCCUGAUGAUGAAACAAUUGCAGAUGUCUUGAGGGAUGCUGAGGAAAGAUUGGCUAGAGAAGGCAGUUCUCAGGCACCUCGAGGAGUAGUAAUUGAAGAAAUAACUGAAGAAGCUGCAAGCACCUCUUCUGAAUGUUCAUUGAAACAACCUCGAGAAAGUACUGGAUUCUCUAAGAGUGAGAUCGGGAAAAAGGUCUCUGACUUGACAACCAAUUCUGAGUGUCUGCAGGCUCUAAAGGAUGAUCCAGAAGCACUUAGAUCAUUUCAGAAUUUCAUUUCUAAUGCUGAUCCUGACACCCUUGCUGCUAUGAGUGGCGGUAAAGUUGGAGAGGUGUCACCAGACAUGUUUAAGACUGCUUCAAAUAUGAUCAGCAAGAUGUCACUUGAAGAGCUACAAAAAAUGGCUCAAUUGGCUUCUUCAUUUCAGGGAGAAAACCCAUAUACAGGUCCUUUGAAAAAUGGAUUUGGACCUGGAUCAGUUCCUCCAAAUGUGACACCUGAGACGCUUAAAACUGCAACUGAUAUGAUGACCAAGAUGCCCCCAGAAGAGCUUCAAAAAAUGUUUGAAAUGGCAGCUUCUUUGAAAGGGACAGACUCUAUUCCCGCAUCAACAGAUGUAAACAGUAACAGACUAGGUUCAGAUGCCCAGGUAAAAUAUCCAGAAUCUCAGACAGCAUCUCUCACCAAUGAGAACAUUGGUUUUGGUGAAACCAGUUCUUCAAGUCAUUUUCCAAACUCAAUGAACGCCCAGUCAAGUUUUCCAGCAUCAACUGCUGAUUUACAAGAACAGAUGAGAAACCAAAUGAAAGACCCAGCUAUGCGGCAGAUGUUUGCAUCAAUGAUGAAAAAUAUGAGCCCAGACAUGAUGGCAAACAUGAGUGAACAAUUUGGAUUGAAGCUGUCUCGGGAAGAUGCUGCAAAAGCUCAACAAGCUAUGUCAUCUUUAUCACCUGAAGGCUUGGAUAGAAUGAUGCGCUGGGUAGAUAGGAUUCAGAGAGGAGCAGAAGUUGCAAAGAAGGCAAAGAACUGGUUACUUGGGAAGCCUGGUAUGAUUCUGGCAAUAUGCAUGCUCAUCAUAGCAGUGAUUCUUCACCGGUUGGGCUUCAUUGGUAAUUAGAAUGGUUGUGAUCUCUGGUUUUGAAUGAAACAUACCAUGGAAUUUCUACUUCUAAUUGAGGUGGUGUUGAAAACUAACAUGCCUCCGGGUUUGCAAGAUGGGAAGAGAGGAAUUUUAAGCACCAUAUGUACACUUCACUUAAGAAAAGGUGGUGUGUCUCAAUGGAUGGACUGGUGGUCAGGAUUUCUUUUGUAUGUCACUGGUUGAUGGAGUUCAGCCUUGAUGCUUCCUUUGUAUCGUAGGUGAUUAGAAUAUGCCCGGGUUACUGAAAAGGAAAUCCAAAGGGAUGAUCCUGGUAUGAUAUCAAACUGACUUCCAUUUUUUGUAAUAUUAUGCGCAUACUGCAUACAGCAUUUAGGCCACACGUGACCUACUGAUCAGAAUUUAUUUUAUUUCAAUUUCAUAAAGAGAGGUGUGUUAGAUAUCUUGUUUUCCCUCUUUACAUAUAGUAUAUUUGUUUCUAUCAAAUUUACAUUUUGUGGACUACAAUAUUUUAAUGGAAAUUUGCAUCUUGCCCCUCUGGCGUAAAA